UUCCACCAAGAUGCAUUUGAUGUAUUCUACGAUACCCAAUGAAUGUACAAUAGAAGUUUGUUUCAAUAUUCUAUUAUUUGCUCCGAGUCUUAUGCAUGCGUAGAAAUACGUAUCAGUUUUAGAAGUAUUUCUUUCAGAAUAAUUUAUACAUCUGAGAACAUUAAAAAACUAACAACACAAACCCAAAUGAUCAUUUGCAUUUGUAAAUGAAAAGACUUGAAGAAAACCCGAAAAAGCACGGCAAUACAAUAACCAUUAGGAUUCAUGCAACAGCCUCAAAAUCUUGAUCCAGGAGUGCCCAGUUGGAACCACAAAUCGCUGCUACCGUACAUAGAAAGAAAGAUAGCAGGGAGAACCAUAAAAUUAUUGAUUGACACCGGGGCUUUAAAAAAUUGCAUACAAGGAUAUCGUGGUACCAAGUCAAAUAUCUAAUAAAUUUCACACAAUGCUUAGAGACCGAUUAGCCGACUUUCAUCAAGGAAAGGGUCGAGUAUCUCGGAUCUACGGUAUCUAGUGGAGGUACACAACCAGUCCUAGCAAAGUAACUAUUCAGAAAUAUAUUCAACCCAAUAAUCUGUUUAGCGUUCGAUCGUUCUAGGGCCUAGCAAGUUAUUAAAUACUUUGCCUCUAUUGCUAGACCGCUGACUUUAAUUCUGAAGGGAGAAAACUGAAAAGUUUCUGCAAGCCAGCCUAAAAAGAUACCAAUUUCUUUCGAUGAAAAACAAUUUUCUGCUUUUGAGAAACUUCAAAAUGUUCUUUAUUUAAAAAUUGUAAUGUUAUUGUAUUCCGAUUAUAGAAAACCGUUUGACAUAACUACAGACGCUUCGGCUUUUGGUCUGGGUGCAGUCUUAUCACAGGAUGGCAAGCCUGUUCCAAUAACUUCGAGAACUUUACAGGAUAGACAGUUUAAUUUUGCAACAAGUGAACGGGAGCUUUUGGCCAUCGCUUGGGCUUUAAAAUAUCUUAGGAACUAUCUAUAUGGUGGCAAGACAUUAAACAUUUUUACAGAUUAUCAACCGUUAACGUACGCCGUGUCAGAUAGGAAUCGAAAUGCAAAAAUCAAGAGAUGGAAGGUGUUUAAUGACGAACAUUAUGCAUACAAUUUUCUAUAAGAAAAAGAAUGAGAACUAUGUUGCCGAUGCACUAUCCAGGCAGGCUUUUUAUAUUAUAGAAAACGAGCCCCAGUCAGACAUGGCAACAAUACAUAGCGAAAUUUCAUCGACUUAUACAAUCGAAACUAUCGACAAGCCGGUUAAUUGCCUCAGAAACCUAAUAAUAAUAGAUAAGGGGCACCGCAGACUAAACUCGAACUUUUGUUAUUUUCGGGAGCAUAUCAAGGCAUAUAAUACAAUUUCUAAACAAAGAGACUUUACUCGGAAGAAUUCGUGAUGUGGCUAAGCCGGGUGUUGUGAAUGCAAUACACUGCGAAUUAACUGUACAGGGUAUCAUUCAAAAUAGUAUUGUGUUUGAGUUUCCAGCAACAACUACCCGACACUAUGAAAAUCGUUUUAAUAAAGCCGAGCAAGGGGAAAUAGUAUCUAUGGAGCAAACAGAGCGCUUAGGACAGCACAGGAGAAUGUAUAACAAAUGCUUCAAUACUUCUUUUUCCCUAAAAUUUCACAAUUAGUCGAUAGUUUUGUAGCUAACUGCUUGGUUUGUUAAAAAGCAUGUAGGCGAGACAUUGCAUAUUGAUAUAUUUUCCAUGGACAGGAACUUCUUUCUGACAUGUAUUGAUAAACUUGCCAUUCGCUAUUGUGCAACCCAUUGGCUCUCGAUAACGGAUUUAGAACCUGAAAUUAUGCAAUUAAUGAACUUCCCCAUUUAAAGACAGUAUUUUGUAACAAUGAGCCGUCGAUAAACUCCGAGUCGAUCAAGUCACUUUUAAUAAGUCGUUUCAAUGUUGAGAUAGCGAACACACCACCACUUCAUAGUUUGUCAAACGGACAGGUGGAAACACACACACAGCACGCUUUUAAAAAUAGCUCGAUGCCUGAAACUUGAAAGUGGCAUCAACCUAAAUCUUUAGGCAACAAUAAAAUACAAUACUACUAAAUAAAACUGUGCAUUCAGUCACUAAUAACAGACCGAUCGACACUAUUUAUUGAACUCCUCCCUAAAUGACAAGCGAAAUAGUAGAAAUAGUUAAUGAAGCUCAAGAAAAACAGCUAUGAAGAGAAAACAUGACAAGACGACACAGAACCUUUGAGGUAGGAGAAACCGUCUUGGUAAAACAAAACAAUCGCUUGGGAAAUAAACCAACCCCACGGUAUAAGAAAGAAAUAAUGAAAGCAGACCUCGGGACAACGGUCCUCAUAAAAUGGAGGGUCGUUUAUACAGAUAAUCUACGCUAUGUUCGUCGAAUAUCAUUAUCUUUACUUUUUAAGUGAUACUACCUUUCCUUGUGUGACCAUCGCCAGGUAAAAUGUACAAUUUGAGUGGAUCAUAUACUUCGCCGCAAGAUGAUGUUCUGUCUGAAAGAGCUCCCCCAUCCAGGCAACUUCGUGACAAAAUUCCAGCGCGUUUGGUGCUUUAUUUCCUGUCGUGGUCUGGCUUUCUGGUCUCUUUUAUGAUGCGCAAUGAUAUGAAUUUUGCAUUGGUAGCAAUGAUGUCGAACGACAAUUCAACAAAAAAGCAAUCUGUUAACGAAUCGCAGCAAAUUCUGGGUAGUGGCACUGAUGACCAAAGAACAAUAGUGAAAUCUGUUAUUAUAAGUUCUUUCUAUUGGUGCUAUGUGUUAUCCCAGGUGGUUGGAGGGGUUGCCACAGAAUUGUUUGGAACCAAGUGCGUAUUUGGAUGGUCACAGUUAGCAACAGCUUUAUGUAGUUUUAUGAUGCCGUCAGCCGGACAAUUACAUUACAUAGCUGUUAUUGUGUUACGGUCUAUUCAGGGAUUUGCCUCCGGUUUGACGUGGCCUGCCAUGUAUGCAAUAGUUGGAUAUUGGAUACCCCUUACGGAACGUUCACGUUUUAUGUCAAGCUUUCAAGGUUUUAGCAUUGGUAUUGGUUUAACGUAUCCGUUGUGCGGAUUUAUUUUAUCAGAAUGGGGUUGGCCUUAUAUUUUUUAUACUACUGGUACUUUAGGGCUUGGAUGGUGUAUACUAUGGUAUUUACUUGCUUUUAAUACACCACGCGAGCACCCUCGUAUUGCUGAAGAUGAAUUAAAUUAUAUAGAACUUAACGUAAGAAACGAGGUAAACAGCAAUGUCAAAAUUAAAGUCCCUUGGCUGCAAAUAUUCAAAUCCAUACCUGCUUGGGCAAUUGCUGUAACAACUUUUGGUCGAAUAUUUCUUCAUUACAUUUUUAUUGUUAAUGGUCCGACAUUUAUGGGAAGUGUUUUAAAAUUUAAUUUUGAAACAAAUGGUUUUCUUUCUGGAGUUCCAUUUAUUUGCUCAUAUAUAUCAUCAGUUUUUUUUUGUUAUAUUGCCGACAAAAUAGUAUUGUAUAAGGUUUUAAGUCUUUCUAAUGUAAGAAAAGUAUUUACUGCUCUAUCACAAAUUAUUCCAGGGGUGUUAAUAUACUGUAUCGGUUAUAUAGACAAUGUGUACAUUUUGUUAACGGUAUGGUUUAUAGCGGUGAUAUUUAUUACUGCAUCUUAUGCUGGAGCUAUGGCCAAUAUAAUUGACUUAGCGCCAAAUCAUGGUCAUUCCGCCGCUGUUUUAGCAUUUUGCCAAACAAUUCAUAUGUCUGCGUCCUUUAUAUCUCCACUGACGGCUGGAUUUAUCGUCACACAAGAGGACUCUAUUGAUCAAUGGCGAAGAGUGUUUGAGGUGUCCGCAAUUAUUUCAAUACUGACGUAUCUAAUCUAUCAAUGUUUCGGGACUGCAGAAAUACAGACGUGGAAUAAAGGGAUACCAGUAGAUGAUGAUGAUUCAGAUGAAGGAAAGGUUUUAUCGACAGUAAAGGAUAAUUUCGAUAAUACCGUUGGACCAAUUUAAAAAUAUCGCACUUAGAAUAAUAAACUGUUUAUACAAGAUUUGAUAUACUGUUAUAUGUUCGCUGUUAUUGAAAUAAAAUAUCACAAAUAUUUUAUUGUA